AGGUUGGUGCUGUUUUAGACGUGAUGGGGUUGAAGUUGAGGGUUCAUGUUGUCGAAUACAUGCUCCGCUCUCUCUCCCCCAGUGCUGACAUGAUUCUGUCAAAGUAGCGUCUGUAUUUUUAACACCUCCCGGUCAGUUUUAACACCAGCUGGACGUUUCAGCUGAGCGGCGGGUAAAAACGUCCACAGUGGAAGAGGAGAACUAGCUAUUGGGGAGUGUAUGGAGGGUGGUGACUCUGGAGGUUUGGCCUGAGGGAGAGUGUUUAUCUUCCGGAGAGAGACACACCGGCUGAACAAGGACCGACAAAAGAAACACUGUUUAAAUCAGAGAACCGACUGAAGCCUUUGGGUCCCUGGAUGCCCCCUGGUGGCCAAGCCCUGUCGGCGCACGCAGGCCGGAUGGCUGCCAGCUGACCCCACCCCCAAGGAUGACGGUCAGAGAGCGGCUCCGGCAGAACAUCUCGGCCGCCUUCUACCGGCACGGCCUGCUCUGCGCAUCGUACCCCGUACCCAUAAUCCUCUUCACCUCUGUCAGCAUCCUCACCUGCUGUUACCCCCUGCUGAAGCUGCCUCUUCCAGGAACAGGCCCUGUGGAGUUUACCACUGGAGCGAAGGAUUAUUCUGUCCCUUCCCAUGAGCCUCAGGGUGACCUGGGCGAGCGUCCUGAUUGGUACCAGGGGCCUCCGGUGGCAUAUAUUCAGCAGGUGCUGGUGAAGGCGGCCGUGUCUCCAUGGGACAGCAGCCUGGUGCCUGUCGAUGUUUUCCGCUCUCCGCUUGGCCGAGUCUUCAGUUUACUGGAGGAGAUUCGCAACCAUGUUUACACUGACAGGAGUUUGGAAACAUUGUGUCUGCAGGUGACGGAGCUGUUGCCGGGGUUACGCCGCAUGCAGUCAAUUCUACCUGAACACGGCUGCCUGCUGGUUUCCCCUGGCAACUACUGGCAAAAUCGGCGGGACCUGUUCGACUCGGACCCAGACAUUCUGAAGACAGUCCACCAGCACGAACCUAAAGGCAUUCACACCUCCGCCACGCUGAAAGACCUGCUGUUUGGCGUCCCAGGGAAAAACACAGGGGUCAGUCUGUACAGCAGGAAGAGAGUGGUCACCUACACCAUCACCAUUGCCCUCAGCAGCUACGAUGCCAGGUUUGUGGCCAGCCUGCGGGCUCGUCUGAAGCAGCUCCACCCCUCAGUGAACUGCACCCUACGGGAGGAUCACAUGGUGCACGUUCAUUUUAAAGAGGAGAUUGGCAUCGCUGAGCUCAUCCCACUUGUCACCACUUACAUCAUCCUUUUCGCUUACAUUUACUUCUCCACACGUAAGAUUGACAUGGUGAAAUCUAAAUGGGGUCUGGCCUUGGCUGCCGUGGUAACAGUGCUCAGCUCAUUGCUGAUGUCUGUGGGUCUGUGCACUCUGUUCGGCCUGACCCCCACUCUCAAUGGAGGGGAGAUCUUUCCGUACCUCGUGGUCGUGAUUGGCCUUGAGAAUGUUUUGGUCCUGACGAAGUCUGUAGUGUCGACCCCUGUUGACCUUGAGGUCAAACUGCGAAUUGCUCAAGGUCUAAGCAGUGAAAGCUGGUCCAUCAUGAAGAACAUGGCCACUGAACUGGUCAUCAUCCUGAUUGGAUACUUCACAUUGGUCCCUGCUAUUCAGGAGUUUUGCCUGUUCGCUGUGGUGGGCCUGGUGUCAGAUUUCUUCUUACAGAUGUUUUUCUUCACCACCGUUCUGUCCAUCGACAUCCGGCGCAUGGAGCUGGCUGAUCUGAACAGGCGUCUCCCAGCUGAGGCGGGGAUGCCCCCUCCUCCUAAACCUGGCCCUCUGCGUCCCCGUGAAGCCCCACCCCCACCACGCCCCUCACCACACACCAUCACACUGCAGGCGCCGGCCUUUAGAAACCUGCGGCUGCCCAAACGACUCAGAGUCGUCUACUUUCUCGCCCGCACUCGGCUGGCACAGCGCAUCAUCAUGGUUGGUACAGUGAUUUGGAUCGGUAUCCUGGUCUACACAGACCCCGCCGGUUUGAGGACCUACCUGGCGGCCCAGGUGUCAGAGCAGUCUCCUCUUGGGGAGGCGGGGCUUCCUCCUCACCUCGGCGUGGCUCCAGUGUUUCCAGGCGGAGACCCAACCAGCACCCUUAGUGUGCUUCCUGCACCCGAACCCACCCCUUUACCGGAGAACCAAUCGCAGGGCCAUGGAGCAUCCCGCCCAGGCGGCGCCCCCCUGACAAGCCCUCAGAUCAGCUGGGGCUCCGAGGAUGAAGAAGUGUGGAGGCGACUGUCCUUCCGUUACUGGCCGUCAUUGUUCAGCUACUACAACAUCACCCUGGCCAAGAGGUAUAUCAGCAUCUUGCCAGUCAUCCCCGUCACACUGCACCUAAACCCCCAGGAGGCCAUUGAGAUGCGCCACCCUCAGGAUACCCAGCAUGCACCACGCUCCAGUGCCAAGACUACUGACCUCCAGACUGACCUCACACUCUACAAGGUCGCUGCGCUGGGUCUGUUUGCAGGUGUGGUCCUGGUGCUGCUGCUGUUCUGUCUGUACCGUGUUCUCUGCCCACGCAACUACGGACAGAAUGGGGUCCAGCACGGCCGCCGUCGCCGUGGAGACCUUCCUUGCGACGAAUAUGGAUAUUCUCCUCCAGUCAGCGAAAUUUCACCACUGCUGCUGAGGGGACACAGCAUGGAUAUUGAGUGUCUUGCAAGUGAUGGAAUGCUGUUGGCCAGCUGCUGCUUAGCAGGACAGAUCCGUGUUUGGGACGCGCAGACUGGAGACUGUCUCACCGUCAUUCCAAACAAUGGCUUGCGUAGGAGUAGUAGUAGUGGGUGCUGGGAGCACCGUGAUGGAUGGGAUUCGCUGACUCCUACUUGUGAGCCUGAUGCUUUGAUGGGCACAGAGUCUCGCGCCCCCGUUUUCGUGGACACUGACGAGUAUAACGAGCCCCCUCUACGUCGGCGGGUGACGCCCUCUCGCCCCACCCUGUUCGGGGACCAGCCAGAUCUGACCCCCCUCAUAGACACAAACUUUGGCGAGCUACCGCCAUCACACACAACCGUUGGCUUCGGAUUCGAUUUUGGUGGGCUUGUGGAGAAAGCCUAUAAAGAGCAUGAGGCAUCUCCCACAAUGCAUUUUACCGCUCCCACUCCCCCGGUGACCCCUGCGCCCCCACAGAGACGGCGCAGUCUCGGGGACCCCCCAGUGGCCCCUCCGGAGCGGAUCAACGUGUCCCCUGGAGAAUGGGACAGCUCAGUGUGGUCCCUGGAGCUCAGAGGGAAUCUGAUAGCUGCCGGGAGGAGCAGCGGAAAACUGGAGCUGUGGGAUGCAGUGGAGGGGACGCUGCGAUGCUGUAAUGAAGAUGGAUCUUCUGGAAUAACAGCCCUGGCUUUCCUCAACAACAGGAUUGUUGCGGCUCGUCUGAACGGCUCUCUAGACUUCUUCACCGUGGACAUCAACAAACCACUGGGUUUACUGCAGUACAGAGGUCCUCCAGGUCGGGCUAGUUUACCCUCCUCUCCGUGUUACAGCAGUGAGGAUGUCAUUAGCUGCCAGCUGACCCGUUCAGUGCAGUGUGCCCACCAGAAACCCAUCACUGUGCUUCGAGCUGCAGCGGGCAGGGUGGUCACGGGCAGCCAGGAUCACACUGUUAGAGUGUAUCGUCUGGAGGAUUCCUGCUGUCUGUUCACCUUACAGGGCCACUCAGGUGGCAUCACAGCCAUUUACAUUGACCAGACCAUGGUCCUGGCCAGUGGUGGGCAGGAUGGAGCCAUCUGCUUGUGGGAUGUUCUGACAGGCAGUCGGGUCAGCCACGUGUACGGUCACCGUGGCGAUGUGACCUCUCUGGUUUGCACCAACUCCUGUGUGAUCAGUAGUGGUUUGGAUGACCUCAUCUGCAUCUGGGACCGGAGCACUGGCAUUAAGCUCUACUCCAUACAGCAGGAGGUGGGUUGUGGGUCCAGUCUGGGCGUCAUUUCGGACAGUCUUCUGGUGACCGGCGGGCACGGCUGUGUUUCCUUUUGGGACCUGAACUAUGGGGACCUGCUGCAGACGGUGUAUUUGGGCCAGAAUAGCGAGGGGCAGCACGUCCGGCAGCUCCUGGUGCUGGAUAACGCCGCCAUCGUCUGUGAUUUUGGCAGCGAGCUCAGCCUGGUGUACGUACCCUCCGUGCUGGAGAAGCUGGAUUAGACCUGCACUCACAUUAGCGCAAGUGCUGAUUCCUCAGUCCAAUCUGAAUCUGGAUGAUGGACCCUAUUCUGGGCGGUUUCCCUUUUUUUCUUUUUUUUUUUUUUUGCUUUUGUGCACUUUCUGUCCUGUUCAGAAGGCUCCAGAUGUCUGGAGUGAAUGGACAGAAGCAGAGAGCGAGAAUGUUGGCAGGUCCUGGUGUGGGAUUUUUUGUUGUUGUUGUUUUUUUAACGGCCCUCUGGACCCUCUGUGAGAGCAUUUUAUAUAUUUUUGCUAGAAAAAAAUCCAAAUAGAAUGUAAAAAAUGACCAUUUUUACUCUGGUAUGGGAUCCUGAAUGGAAUCCUGGAAAAAGAAAUGCCUGAAAAAGAAAAGUGACUGUGAGGAAUGAAGAGAAAUAAGAUCAUGAGCCUGAAAAGGAAGAGAAAGAUGUGGAGAAACACUGCUGGUGUGCGUAAAAAAGAGAGAAUGAAUGAAUGAAUGUGUAUGAAA